CCGAAGAUCCCCAAGUCCCACCUGAAAACCAUCUGACUGCCGAAGAUCCCCAAGUCCCACCUGAAAACCCUCUGACUGCCAAAGAUCCUCAAGUCCCACCUGAAAACCCUGUGACUGCCGAAGAUCCCCAAGACCCACCUGAAAACCCUCUUACUGCCAAAGAUCCACAAGUCCCACCUGAAAACCCUCUGACUGCCAAAGAUCCUCAAGUCCCACCUGAAAACCCUCUGACUGUUGAAGAUCCCCAAGUCCCACCUGAAAACCCUGUGACUACCGAAGAUCCCCAAGACCCACCUGAAAACCCUCUUACUGCCAAAGAUCCACAAGUACCACCUGAAAACCAUCUUACUGCCAAAGAUCCACAAGUCCCACCUGCAGACCUGGUUAGCACAAAUCAUCUUCCUUUAGAUGACCCUAAUUCUUGUGGCCACACUGAAACAAGCGCUUCAUCAAAGCUUUUGGAUACUCCCAGUGGUUAUCACUCUGCUUCAGCACUCGCUGAGACCAAAACUAAAAUGGCUCCAAGAUUUGCAUCAUUGUUUGUAAUGUCACCAGAUUCUGCAUUUACCGCCGUUCGUUCCCCACAGUAUGUCGCCAAGAAUCCGUUUAGCUCCGAUGUCAAAGCACCGGUGCCAGAAACAAACUUGGGAAUUUCCCACACAAAUGACAAGGGCUGCGUCAAAAGCACUCAACAGAACUUGUCUGGCCCCAAAAAAAGAAUUUCGCACACGUCCACAUCUGCCGUUUCCUCCACAAAAAACAAAAUUCUUAAAGCCCAAAUCACUGGAGAGGGCGCUCGAACUGUGAGAACAAAAGAAACAUUCCUUAAAGCGUCUGUUUCCUUUCAGACUUCAGCCGUUGGACCGGCUACAAAGAAAUUCCCUCUCAGCACCGACACAGAGAGGAACAAAUUGCCUGAAAUGUUUCUACACAACAUCUGUGACACACUGCAGAUGUCCACCUCAAAAGCUCCAUUCCUGCCAUUCGGCCAACAGCAGAAACAUACUCAGCCAAAACACCCGAUUAUCAAAAAGAGGAAGUUGUCAUUUUCACAGCCAACAAGUCCCCAGCCGUCCGAUUUCCUGUGUGAUACGUCUUUUGAUUUUGGUGAAGGGGAGCAACCGACCCUGUCCCAGAUCUUCAACUAUUUCAAGAGGCCCCGCCUCCUUUCACCCCUCCCCCCGUCCCCCGUGGUGGUGAGCGAGGAGAGCUGUGACUCCCUCGUGAAGUUUGACUGCUCCACCCCGGCUGAUGUCAUCAAGGUCACUCCGCUGGCCAAAGCCUUCGAGGCGACAAACUCUCAUAAAUCUUUGAGCGCGUCCAGGCCUGGAACGGCAGAGGCCAAGUUGCAUCCCAAAGCAACAAGAACAAGGCGGUCCAGCAUCGUAAGCAAACGGGCAGCUGAACAUAUGGUGACACCGCCGGCCAGACAACAAGAGGCAGAAACUAAAUCUGGCAACAAGUUGAUGAGGGAAGGAGCAGCAAAUGAUGACAAGUUGAUUCCAUUGGGUCGCAGCCAAAGGGUGGCAAGCAAUGUUAAAGCCAAGAGUUUGUCCCAUCAGAUGAUGGAGGUCAACAAACUGAUCCAGGCCAAGAGGAAUGCUGCAGUCAGUGGGUAAGUGGAGAGUUUCUCAUCUCAUUGACUGUCUUACUUUGACUUGUUGCUGGGAAACUGUUGGUUCCCAGUCACUCUUGGUCUUAAGUGACUUAUUGUGCUUAGUGACCGUUUGUGAUAGUUGACUUAAGGGUCCCAGUCACUCUUGGUGACAGGUGACUUUUGGUUCCCAGUGACCAUUGGUAAAUGGUCACAGGUGACUUAAGGGUCCCAGUGACUGUUGGUGACAGGUGACAUUAGGGUCCCAAACCUUUGUAUCAUAUUGAAGCUGUCAUUUAUGAACUAUUUUUCUCCCCCUUCAGAAAGCCAGUGUCACAAGAAGGUCCCAGGGGGGUGAAAAGGAAGAUGGAAGUAACCAACGCUGAUCAAGGGGCUGUCACUAAAAGAAAGGUUGGUUACCAAAUGUUGAUGCAAAGAUGGAAAUAAAUUGUCAAAAUUAGCAACUCCAGAAAAUGAACGGAGUGCACACAAAAAAAAAGUGAUGCGACACAACAUAUUAUAUAAGAAUAAGUUAGGGUAACCCUAUGUGCUAAAAAAAGAAUAAACUUAAAUGCGUUGGUAUUCUUAAAAACAAUGAGUGAUUUUCUAUUAUAUUACAGAAAUCAAGUAAAUUUAAAUGUGUUAAAAAUAAAAUAUAUGUGCUUUUAUUUUAGAAAAUGUUGAAGUAUUAUUAUUAUAAACUACAAAUACAUAUUAAGUAACAAUUAAUUAAAAUUAAUUAAUUAAAAAUAUUAAGCAUUUUAACAGAAUUUGAAAGUUUUGACAUUUUUUUAAAUUAAUAAAUUAUGAGCUAAGAAUUAUUUUUACUAAAUCAUAAUCGCAUUUAUCGUGAAAAACCAAACGUCUGUUGUUGAUUUUCAGUGCGUUGUUAAUAUUGCAAAAUUAAAUUUUAAAUUAAUUUUAUCUAAAUGAUUUCAAACAAUAUCGAACUAAAAUAUUCAAUGAAACUCAAAUAACGAAAAAAUUAAAUUAAUUUCAUUAGAGGUAUACUUAAACUUGCUAAUCAAAAGCUUUUAGCUUCUUUGAUUUAAUAACUGAUUGUGACAAAAAAUACUAAUGUGUUUUCCCCUUUUUGAAAGUAAAAUUAAUAAAUAUAAUUGAUGGCUUUUUACAUUGUUAAUAAAACACACACAUUUUGGCUUUGUAUUUUUAACAUUUAAAAUGUUUUACUUUUUUUUUUAUUCCAAAAAUGUUACUUUUACCUUUAAAAAUACUUUUAAUAAGAAAAUGCCGUUCAAGUCAGCUGAAUGCGUAUAAUAAUAUAUAAAUUUUUAAGAAAAAUUUAAAACAAAUGUGGUGUAAAGGAUCUUGGACUUAAGAAUGUUAAUUUGAGCUCAGGGACGUGCCAAAAAUGUGUGGUUGCGUAUGUAGGGGGCUACCAUCUUAUGGAUGAUUUUAUUAAUGUUUAUUUUUAGAAAUGGGGUGGACAGGGGAUUUGAUACUUCAUAUUGGCCCAGCCAGCCAGCACAAGAUAUGUCUCAGAUUAAAAGAAUGAAUUUGAUAAAUAAAUAACUUUCUUCGUAAAACACAUCAUUUUUACGUGGCUGACAAUAUCUUUAAAUCCAAUGACUUUACAGUGGUGUUACAUUCUCUUUUUACAAAUAAAUAUCUAUUUACCAGUUAAGAAAAGAUAGUUCAAUGGCGUUGACAAAAUGUGCAUACAUUUACAUGAGUAACCUCAUACCUCAAAUGAUAUAUCAAAACCCAAUCAUUUUACACUUUAAAAUAAGCCAUAUUUUUUUUCAUUUACAGUUCACGGCAUGGACAAAGAUAGAUUAAGAUUUUCUUUUAAAAAAUGAAAAUAAAUAUAUUUGUUUUUACUAUGGAAAAAAAAAAGUAGGUGUAUAGUAGGUUUUUAUGAGAUUAAUAACAUCUCUUUAUUUAAAAACCACUGUUACAGAUGUGAGAAACACUGUUACAGAUGUGAAAAACAGUGAAGAAAUUUUUGAAUAAAAGAAUUCUUUGUUUUCAGAUUUUCCAAUAUUAUAGUAGGAAAGCAAGGGAAAAGUUUGUUAAAAUUUUUAAUGAAGAUAUCAAUAUAUCAAAUUCUGUUAAUAUUAAAUAUAUUUAAAUUGGUACAAAGAUUUUUUAUUGUAAGUUUAAGGUUAAUUUUUCAAUUUGUAGGGUAAAAAAAAUUGUAGUUCAGGGGCACAAAAAGGCAUAGGGUAGGUGGCUAUUAUAUAGCAGAUAAAAAUUUCUCAACACUAAAUGAUGCUAGAAAUGUAAAUAUCAUUCCAUUUAAUGAUGUUAGAAAUGUAAACAUCAUUGCGUACAUACUUUUUUUUUUAAAAAGGGAUUCUGACGAGUUCUGCAAUAGUAGGUUGAAAAUAUCACAAAAUGUUUGCCAUUAUUAUCACUUAAAUGUCCGGUCAUACAUUCCAGUGUUGUAGAGUAGAUGAACUGAAAUCCUGAUGUUUGUUGGUUGUUUUGUUAAAGUUGUGUCCGGCCUCUUACUAAAUGGGCUUGAAUCUGAACUUUGAUAGAUACAUACUAUACUGACAGAUUUUAUAUACUAUACCAGUGGUCAGCAAUGCGUGCCACAUGGGACUCUUUAGCCAGUCGGUCACAAAUCAGUUUUGACCACGAAAAACAAGGUUCUUGACAGGUUCUGUAUGCAAUGAAAUCUAACUGGGCCAAAUUGUCUGGUGUAAAGAAAUCAAAUUAUGUUGUUUUUUUCCAACCAGAAACUGGCCAACAUCAACGGUUUCCCUAAUACAUUUGAAGCUGUUAUGUUUGACCUGAAACAUUUCCUGGAAGAGCCCAAGUCCGAUGUCAAUCUCACAAUUGACGCCAUGCUGAGCAGGGUCGCUGGAGGAGACGGCCAGGGAAUAUGGAAAGUUCUGCCACAUGUCGUGGUCCAGGUAAAUAUUUGGUUCAAAUAAUCAACUGGAACACAUUCAACAAAGAAACAUAUCACUGGCUGGUAAGAGAUUAAUAGAGAGGGUGUGGCACCAUCACUGGCUGGUAGGAGAUUAAAAGAGAGGGUGUGGCACCAUCACUGGCUGAUAGGAGAUUAAAAGAGAGGGUGUGGUACCAUCACUGGCUGGUAGGAGAUUAAAAGAGAGGGUGUGGCCCCAUCACUGGCUGGUAGGAGAUUAAAAGAGAGGGUGUGACACCAUCACUGGCUGGUAGGAGAUUAAAAGAGAGGGUGUGGUACCAUCACUGGCUGGAAGGAGAUUAAAAGAGAGGGUGUGGCACCUCUGAAUUAUGUUGAUACCAUAAGGGCCAUCUAUAUAUUAUAUGCCAAAAAAUCAGAUUUUCGUACCCCAUGCCCUCUGUUGCACCCCUUACAUUUUUGGACACCUACCCCUUAUGCCUAGUACAAACCAGCUUCUCAUCUCCACCUCCCAAGAAAAAAAGAACCGCAGUCACAAGAAAAUUAUUUCACCACGAAUUAUGUUAUGUAUACGUAAGGCGCCAUUCAUGUGAGGCGCCAUUCAAGGGCAAAUGGUCUAAUAAAGUUGUCACCAAGGUAAAUUUUGCUGUUGCAAUAUCUAGGGAUGAUAUGAUGACAAUUAAAAAAAAUAAAUGUAUGUGCACAAUUUGCCGAGACCUCUCCUCUUCCCCAUGCACACCCAUAUACCAUAUAUCUCCUUAAUCAACCACCCUCCACCAUCAGUAUGUAAUCUAUGGAGGGCUCUAUAUGGUGAUAACAUGCCAAAAAUAAUGAUGGAUGCUAUUAUUUUAUUAGUCCACUAUUAAAUACUAUCAAUUUUUUUUCUCUUUAAAAAAAGUUUUUUAAAUUUGUCUUGAAGGUAAUUUAAUAACAAAUUGAACACUGCCCAUUAUUUUACUGUAUCUGUUAUGUCAGUACCUGGCCACUCGAACAGACAAGACAAUGGACCUUCUGCUGGCAGCCUGUGACAAGGAGGAGAUCAUAGAGCAAGUGUUUGUUAGUGAGGAGGAGAGAAGGCUCCUGGACCUACUGUGUACUUUGAUGAAGGCUUAUCAGGUCAGUUACACCUCAUUGUUCACAUGGGAGGAUCUGAAUAUCUCUGGUUUUACAUCCAUUGUCAGUCAAAGUAAGCCAAUAACUUAUUGGGCAUUAUAACAAGAAUAGAUGAAAUCUAUACAAGUUUAAACUCUAGGUCUUUAACACUAGGCCUCAAAACUUAAAGGAAGCCCAGUUCAUAGCUGGACUUUAGUGAGCCAUUUAUGGGCAGAAGAAAGGAAGCCAUUUAUUUAAUAGCAGAAGAAAAGAAGCCAUUUAUUUCAUAGAAGAAAGGAAGCCAUUUAUUGACAAAGGAAAGGAAGCCAUUUAUUGGCAUAAGAAAGGAAGCCAUUUAUUGGCAAAAGAAAGGAAGCCAUUUAGUUAAUAGCAGAAGAAGGUCAUGACCAUAUUGUAAUCGGGCAAUGAGUAUAUGUUAAUCAGAGCUUAAAAAUUAAAAAAAUAAUAAAAUAAAAUUUUAUCAGCUUCAGAAGAACUAUGGAAUUUGUGCCUUAUUUCCACCUCACUAUUCCUAUUUCUCUACAUGUGCAUUUCAAAUUUGUAACAUAGAUAAAUUGUUUUUAAAUGAAAGCUACAGUUAAGCUCUGUUCUAAUAUAUUUUUUUUUAAGUGUGGACUGUUAUUAAGCACCACUGUUGAGCCAGUACUAUUGUCAUUGAGUACUGUUGUCAUAUCUCCACUGUGAAUUUUUUUCAGGAUACAGACAAAAGUUGUAUGAUAAGUGAAGCAUGGACAGCCAUCUUCAAUCAAGGUGCUAUGGUCAAGCCUGCUCGAGUCUUUCUGUGGUACCCAACAGUUUUAUUUUGUACAUUCCUACCAUCUAGUCUUAUCUUGUACAGUCCUACCAUCUAGUCUUAUCUUGUACAGUCCUGUCAUCUAGUCUUAUCUUGUACAGUCCUGUCAUCUAGUCUUAUCUUAUACAGUCCUACCAUCUAGUCUUAUCUUGUACAGUCCUGUCAUCUUAGUCUUAUCUUGUACAGUCCUACCAUCUAGUCUUAUCUUGUACAGUCCUGUCAUCUAGUCUUAUCUUGUACAGUUCUGGCAUCUAGACUUAUCUUGUACAGUGUUAUCAUCUACUUAUCUUGUACAUUCCUACCAUCUAGUCUUAUCUUGUACAGUCCUAUGAUCUAGACUUAUCUUGUACAGACUUACCAUCUAAGUCUUAUCUAGUUAAAUAAAUGAUAGUUGAUUAUCUAGUUAAAUAAAUGAUAGUUGAUUAUCUAGUUAAAUAAAUGAUAGCUGAUAAAUGCGAAACUAUAAAAAAUGUGUGCGCUAACCAAGGGAAAUAAUUUUAACUACAAACUGAUGAUACUUGUACAGGUACACCAGACAAAUUUGUUUGAUGGUAGUGUUUUAUAAUUAUAGUAAUCACUACCAUAUAAACAUGUUUUAAUAUUACAAGUUCACUUUCCCUUAAAAUUGGCAAUAGUAAAAAAUAUGUUUCUUUUUUAAAAUUGUCACACAUUCUCAGAAAAAUAUUUUAUUUCGAUGAGACCUUUCUGGCUCUAUAUAGUGAAAUAUUUCCAUUUUACAAUUAUAAUUAUAAUCUAUUUCACUCUUUCCUACAGUCGUCUGUUCACCAGUCUGUGCAAGGCCCAAGGUAAUGGUUGAUGAAAGUAUUGUGUGUCUGUAUAUAUCAGCUUGUGUAUACAACACUCAGGCAUUGAUUAGAAUAAACUUAUUUUAUGUUUUCAUAAAUUAUGUUCUUCAACUCCAUUGUGGCAUAUCUUUUUCUUAUAAAUGUUAUUUUGAUAUGGUCACUCAUGACACAGUGUUGGUCACUCAUGACAUAGUGUUGGUCACUCAUGACACAGUGUUGGUCACUCAUGACACAGUGUUGGUCACUCAUGACACAGUGUUGGUCACUCAUGACACAGUGUUGGUCACUCAUGACAUAGUGUUGUUCAUUCAUGACACAGUGUUGGUCACUCAUGACACAGUGUUGUUCAUUCAUGACACAGUGUUGGUCACUCAUGACAUAGUGUUGGUCACUCAUGACAUAGUGUUGUUCAUUCAUGACACAGUGUUGGUCACUCAUGACAUAGUGUUGGUCACUCAUGACAUAGUGUUGGUCACUCAUGACACAGUGUUGGUCACUCAUGACGUAGUGUUGGUCAGUUAUGACAUAGUGUUGGUCAGUUAUGACAUAGUGUUGGUCAGUCAUGGCUUAGUGUUGGUCACUUAUGACAUAGUGUUGGUCAGUCAUGACUUAGUCUUGGUCAGUUAUGACUUAGUGCUAUUUUCUGUCAUCACAAACCCUGUGUUGUCUGGACAUGCACUGUCUUGGAAACCUUAGUUUAAACUUUUGUCUUCGUUUUCCACAGCUGACUUGGAACAAGCUCGUGUUCUUGUCUACAACAUUGCCUGGUGCGGUUACCUUGACCUUGCACCCUUGUACAUGGCCAUCGCCGGUGUGUGGCCUGAGG